UUCAUAACCAAUUCAAACCAGAUAGAGUCAUUUUAGUUUUAUUAUUUUUCUCUACUUAAAACAUUUUUCCCUGUUCCUUUGUCUAUUUCUUCCUUUUCCAUUUUCAGGUCUACCGGUCUUCCUCCCUUGUCUUUCAAGAUUCUCCUUCUUAUUAUUUAUAAAAUACUUUUGUUUUUGAAGAUCCGAUUCUUGUUUAAAGAAAAAUUAGAUAAUGGCGAGGAUUAGAUCAUCGUCAUCUUCGAGUAAAUUUAGAUACUGUAAUCCAUCGUAUUAUUUGAAAAGACCGAAGCGUUUGGCUUUGCUUUUGAUUGUUUUUGUUUCAGCUACUUUUUUCGUUUGGGAUCGUCAAACUCUCGUUAGAGAACACGAGGUUGAAGUGUCCAAUUUAACUGAUGAAGUGCAUCGAUUACGAGAUAUGCUGGAGGAAUUGAAGAGUAAGGCAGUGCCAAAUGAUCCCGUUGAAAUGCAAAGAAGAGAAAAAGUUAAGGAAGCUAUGGUUCAUGCCUGGAGUUCAUAUGAGCGGUAUGCAUGGGGCAAUGACGAACUUCAGCCUCAGUCAAAGGAUGGUGUCAAUAGCUUUGGUGGUCUUGGAGCAACACUAAUAGACUCUCUUGAUACUUUAUACAUUAUGGGUCUGGAUGAGCAAUUCCAAAGAGCAAGAGAGUGGGUUGCAAACUCAUUGGAUUUUAACAAGGACUAUGAUGCCAGUGUUUUCGAGACAACCAUAAGAGUUGUAGGUGGGCUUCUUAGUGCAUAUGAUCUUUCAAGGGACAACGUUUUCCUCGAAAAAGCUAGAGAUAUUGCAGAUAGAUUACUACCUGCUUGGGAUACUACUACUGGGAUCCCUUAUAAUGUUAUCAACUUGGCUCGUGGAAAUGCACAUAACCCUGGAUGGGCUGGGGGUCAAAGUAUUCUUGCAGACUCAGGGACUGAGCAACUGGAGUUUAUUGCUCUUUCUCAAAGAACAGGAGAUCCCAAGUAUCAGGAGAAGGUGGAGAAGGUUAUAGUUGCGCUUAAUAAAACUUUUCCGGCCGAUGGUUUGCUUCCCAUCUAUAUUAAUCCUGACACUGCAACUGGUUCAUACUCCACUAUAACCUUUGGUGCUAUGGGUGAUAGCUUCUAUGAAUAUCUGCUCAAAGCCUGGAUACAGGGAAACAAAACAUCAUCAUUAAAGCUUUAUAGAGAGAUGUGGGAAACAUCAAUGAAAGGUCUACUAAGCUUAAUUAGAAGAUCAACGCCAUCAUCUUUUGCAUAUAUCUGUGAGAAAAAUGGGGAUUCACUGACAGACAAGAUGGAUGAAUUAGCAUGCUUUGCUCCAGGAAUGUUGGCUUUAGGUUCAUCUGGUUAUGGUCCUGAUGAGGCAAAGAAAUUUCUUUCACUUGCUGAAGAGCUUGCUUGGACCUGUUACAGUUUCUACCAAUCCACACCAACAAAGUUAGCCGGAGAGAAUUAUUUCUUUAAUCCGGGGCAGGACAUGACAGUGGGCACAUCCUGGAACAUAUUGAGACCAGAGACAGUUGAAUCACUCUUUUAUUUGUGGCGCUUAACUGGUAAUAAGACAUAUCAAGAGUGGGGUUGGAAUAUAUUUCAGGCAUUUGAAAAGAACUCCCGGAUAGAAUCUGGAUAUGUUGGACUGAAGGAUGUUAACACUGGUGUAAAAGACAACAAGAUGCAAAGUUUUUUUCUUGCAGAGACGCUGAAAUAUCUUUAUCUUCUUUUCUCACCACCUACCGUCAUCCCAUUGGAUGAGUGGGUAUUCAACACAGAAGCGCACCCUUUACGAAUCGUUAACCGCAAUGAUGCAAAUCUUGCAGCAUUGGAAGGGCAACAUAAACCUGUGAUCAAAAUACGAAGCAGGAAAACUGGUCGAUUGGGUGGUAACUAGGAUUUGUUUCCAGUUUAUUGUUCCUUGCUGAACUAUGAGAUUUUAAUCCUCAAAUAGACGACAAGCCUUACUUUAUAAUGAUAUCAUUUCUUGAAAUGGAUAGAAGAGUGACUCUCUAGUUUCUAACAGAGAAGCGUGCAGCUCGACCAAAUCCUUCAUUCCAGGUUAGUGUAAACUGUUGUAUCAUUAUAUUCACGUGGAUUGAAAUGCCUGUAUGCUAUCAAUUUUACCUUUUUAAAAUGGAUAUUUAGCAUAGAGCUAAGGCAACAAGUUUGCAAUCAUUUCUCCAGGAUUUUUCUAACACAAGUUUGACGGGCGUUGUGUAAAAGAAUGUUAUUUCCCAAUAUUUACAAUUUGCAGUUUUACAUCUCAA